UAUGAAAUAGAGAUUUCAGAAUAAAGUUUGUCUUGUCACAGCAUCCUCAACUGGUAUUGGUUUAGCAAUCAGUGAAUAAUUUGCUAGAGAAGGAGCUACUGUUAUUAUCAGCUCUAGAGAUAAAAAACAUAUUGAUGCAGCAGUUGAGAAAAUUAGAAAUUCUGGAGGAAAAGCUGAAGGAUAUGCAUGUCAUGCUGGCAAGAUUGAAGAUCUUUAAAAAAUGAUUCAAUUCAUCAAAGAAAAGUAUGGUCGUCUAGAUAUCCUUGUACCUAAUGCAGCUGUUUCUACACAUUUUGGAUUCGUAUUAGACAUGACACCAUAAUAAUAUGAUAAACUAUUUGAAGUCAAUCUCAGAGGAGUAUACUUCUUAAUUCAAGCUGCCUAUCCUUUACUUAAAGUAUUGAUAAUAUUCAUUAUAUUAAGGAGACCUAAGAUUCCAAUAUUGUUAUUAUAUCAUCUAUUGGAGGAUAUGAAUCAGAAAUGGGUCUGGGAAUGUACAGUGUUACUAAGACAGCUUUAUUAGGAAUGACUAAGGUACUUAGCAAAGAUUUAGCUCCAAUUAGAGUUAAUUGUUGUGCUCCUGUAUUUGAUUAUAUUUAUUUAUCAAGGGGUUAAUUAAAACUAAAUUUAGUUCAGUUUUAUGGGAAGGAAAAGAGUAAGCUGCUGCUGAAUUCAUGAAAGUGGAAAGACUUGGUGUACCAGAAGAUAUAGGAAAUGCUGUAGCAUUUUUAGCAUCAUCAGAGGCUAGUUAUGUAAAUGGGGAAACAUUAAUUGUAGCUGGAAGAGCAUCUCCUAGAUUGUGAG